AUUGAUCUGGAUUUAAAAAUAAAUAAUCUACGUGUCAAAGAUUAUUAAGCAACACGGAUGUAAAAUCGAAGAGUUCGAAAGGAAAGUUAAAAGAUGGGAAAGAGAAAGGGAGGCAACACUACAACGAAGAAACGACCAAAACAUGACAACAAUCAGCAUGGAAACAAAGAAAAGUCUGACGAAGCAGAACAAAAGAACCAAAAGGAAGAGCAAAAUGAAAACGAAAAUGUAACCUUUCUUACUACAUGCUUUAGACGAUUUAAAGGAAUGUGUGAAUUUUUAUUUUGUACGAUGCCGAUGAUGCCUUUUAAAAUUGCAUAUAUGAUUAUGAUUUGUAUUUGGACCAAUUUUUGUGCUAUUUGUGGAAAAUUUACAACGAUGUUCAGUACUAGUUUAAGACGUAAUAAAAAAGAAGAAAAAAAGGAAACUCAAGAAGAAAAUGCAGUUGUCAAGACCAGUUCGGAGUCUCAGAAAAAUUCACAGAAGAAGAAAAAACAUGGACAAAGAAACAGACUACUCCCUAAAAGCACAAGCGAGUCGAAUGGAAAUCUGAAUCUAGUUGAGAAAGAAGAAAAGACAACAUUAAAAAGAAUUACACCACACGAUGAAGUACUUAAAACUUUGGAGUCACAGAAGAAUAGUGCGUUGACCAGAGUAAAAGAAAUUGAGACACAACUGAAUUCGACAGACAAAGAGAAGAAUGCAGUCUUAAAAAGAGUCACAGAAUUCGAACAGAAAUUGAAAGCUGCAGAAUCAGACAAAGGAGAUGCAUUGAAAAAAAUAAAGGAACUUGAGGCUAACAUGAAAUCGACAGAGAAAGAGAAGGUUUUAGCUGUAAAAAGAGUGAAAGAUGUUGAACAGAAGUUGAAAGCCACAGAAACAGACAAAGAAGAUGCUCUGAAAAAAGUCAAAGAUGUUGAAACGAAAUUGAAAGCUAGUGAAUCAGCCAAAGAAGAUGUUUUGAAAAAAUUAAAAGAUUUCGAACAGAAAUUGAAAGCUACAGACUCUGACAAAGAGAAUGCUUUAAAAAGAAUAAAAGAAUGUGAGGCAAAACUGAAUUCAAUCGAAAAAGAGAAGACUUUAGCGUUAAAAAGAGUCAAAGAUUCCGAACAUAAAUUGAAAUCUACAGAAUCAGACAAGGAAGAUGCUUUGAAAAAACUUAAACAAUACAUGGAUGCAAAUGCAUACCUUCAGAGAGAGCAUACAAAUGCAUUGGAAAGAAUAACAGAAGCUGAACAAAGUGUACGUGUGCUGUCUCAGGAAAAGUCGGAUGCUUUAACAAGACUGAGUGAUAUUAUGGGAACAAAGCUACGAGACAACAAUCCUGCAAUCACAGACUUAAAUGAUCCGAAUCGACCAAUGAAACUUGGAGAUCAGUUUAGUGAAUUGUAUGAGAACGAAUGGACGGAUGCAUAUUCAGAAAUAUCGGAUUGUAAAAGUCUUAAUUUAUCUGAAAUUGAAACAAUUGCGGUGCUUUUGAAUAUACUAAAGGAAAUAUAUAAAAUAUGUUCAGAUGAUAUAGAAGAACAGUUGUCAGGGCAUAAACAACUUGUAAAUGGCUUCAGUGAUGACGAAAUUGAACCAUUCUUAAAGACAGCAAAAGAUUCAGUGAAAACGAAUGCCGCUAACUAUAUACCUCUUCUAUACAAAAAAAUAAUUAGCAGUACAUCAGCCUGUAAACUAGUAGCUCAAUAUAAAGAUUUCAGUCUACAAUAUAUAGAAAAUUGUGUGAAAAUUUGUUACUUCGCAGCAGUCCAAACCCCGCCUAUGGUGAUAGAUUUUGAACCUGGACAAAUGUUUGAUAAACAAUCAUAUAGGGAAUAUACCAGAUCAGGCACCGUCGUGGAAUAUUUAGUCUGGCCAGUCUUAUAUUUACAUAAAGGAGGUCCGAUUCUAUCUAAAGGUGUUGUGCAACCAAAAGAGGAAAAUAAUAGCAAUAAGUAGUGAACUGGAAGUUACAAUCUAUAAUACAUAUCUGUGAUUUAAUAUUCAAAGUAUUAUUUUAUAUUCUUCUGGGAAUAUGUUUCCACUUUAAAAUCUGAUUGUACCAAAUGAACACAUAUAUCCGUUAAAAUAUCCAUACGAUGAAAAUUCUAAGUGUCUAAAUCAUUGAUAAUUUUAAUGCAUUUAAAAGUCACAUGCAAUAGUUAGUGUAAUGUUUAAUACCUUAGUAUGUAGUUUUAAUCUAUGAAAUGUACCUCAGUUUGAAGUUUGACAACGAUGAUACCAAUGGAAAUUAAAUUGCAUUUCUCUUUUGUCAAUAUGUUGUUAUUAGAUUCCAUGACAGAGUGUUCUACAAUUCAAUAUGUAUAUUUUUUUAACAACAGAAAUAAAUAUUUAUUUCAAAUA